AUGGCCACCAUGGCCGCCCCUGCCGCCGGCGCCUCAGCAAAAUCCCGUCGGUGCUACGUAUUUGCUGUAACUGGUAUCGAGGAAGACCCCUCUUUUCCCAAAUCGAUCCACCGGACGCCACCCUCCUCCAUCCCUCUCCUCCCCGACUCUAACCCCGCCGCCUCGCCACCAACGUCGUCGCCCCGACGCCAACCUCUCCUCCGACAAGUCCUCCCCGACACCAACCCCGUCGCCUCGACGCCAACGCCGUCGCCCCUCUCCUCCUUGAAGCGAACCCCACCGCCUCAACACCAACCUCUCCUCCGGCAAGUCCUCCCCUAUGCCAACGCUGUCGCCCCUCUCCUCCCUGACUCCAACGACGUCACCCUGUCAACCCCUUGCCGGAUCCGUCCAUCCCUUCCCGGAUCCCGACCUCCACACCAAGAACGUCAUCCACCCGCGGCACCUUCCAAGGAAGAUAUGGAUGUGGAGAAGAAAGGAGGUAGAAACUACCUAACCUCGAUGGAUGAAAUGGACGAAGCAAUGCUGAAUGUGUUUGUGGAGCAUUACAAUAGAGGGGAUCAUUCUUAAAAUGGGUGGAAACCACAUGUUUACACUGCAGUUGUCAACAAUGUUCGGGCCAAGUGCAAUGUGGAUAUCACAAAGGAGAAUGUCAUAUCAAGGUGCAAGACUAUUGAUAGACACUAUGUCAAUGUAAGUAAGAUGUUGUCAACGAGUGGUUUUGGGUGGGAUUGGAUCCAUAAUAAGCUUAUGGUUGAUAGUGAGGAUGUGUGGAGCAACUAUGUCAACGUAAGCACUACAUCUUGAGCAUCUAUGUAUUCAUGGCAUGGCCACAAGAUUCAUUUUCAUCUUU